AUGGAGGAAGAAGAGGAUGAGGCGGCGGCGAGCGGAGGCGCGGGGCCGAGCUGCGGCUGCAAGGGGAUCCGCUCCUGUCUGCUCUGCGAGGGGCCCGCGCAGGCCGCUCCGCCCACACAGGGGGAGGAUAAUUUCACUUACUGUCCGGCAACGGGCUUAGCUGAAGGCAAUGAGUGCUCCCCAUUUGCUGGCUGGGCGUUUCCGUUCCCAGGAGUGUUUUUGGCGGAGGAGUUCAUUAGCGAGGAUGAAGAAGCGGAGGUGGUUGAACUGAUGGACAGGGAUGAAUGGAAGCCCUCGCAGUCUGGUCGAAAGAAGCAGGAUUAUGGACCCAAAGUGAACUUCAAGAAACAGAGGUUGAAAGCUGGUGGCUUUACUGGCUUGCCAAGUUUUAGUAAAAAGAUUGUGGCACAGAUGGAGGCCUGCUCUGUGCUAGGUGGCUUCAUGCCUGUUGAACAAUGCAAUCUGGACUACAGGCCAGAAAGAGGUUCUGCCAUUGACCCACAUUUUGAUGAUUGGUGGCUGUGGGGAGAACGUCUGGUUAGCUUAAACUUGCUCUCAAAAACUGUGCUGUCCAUGUCUUGUGAUUCAGAGGACAGCAUCCAAUUAUUUCCUACUUUCAGUAAUGAAAACAGGGAAUUAAAUCCCCCUGGAUCUCUUACACGAACGUCACCAUGUAAGAAUUCAGGCAAACAGGGAAGCAGCUGCCUUUUAUCCCCAAGGCUCGUCCCAAGUAAGGAAGUGACUGUUGCCAUUCGCUUACCCAGGAGAUCUCUGGUGGUGCUGUAUGGUGAGGCUCGCUACAAGUGGAAGCACGCCAUUCACCGCAGGCAUAUCGAGCAUCGGCGAGUGUGCGUCACGUUCAGAGAGCUGUCUGCAGAGUUCAGGGCUGGAGGAAGGCGUGAGGAGCUGGGCAGAGAACUGCUGGAGAUAGCUCUUUCCUUUCAAGGGACACCGGUGUGAUCAGCAAAGGGCUGCUAGAGUUGUGUCUUAAGAAAUGUGAAAAAUAAAAACCAGGGUUUGUGGAAUUGGA